ACACAGAAUUGAGUACAGUUUCAUUUUCUUCAGAAUUGAUGCCACUCUGGAUUAUUUUGACAUAAUACAUCCCGUUUAGUUACAAGACAAGGUCUUCCAAAAAAAACUACAACUAUGGACGCCCUGCAGAGGAAAGUGAUUCAGGAGGACGUGGUCCAGUACAAACUCUUCUUGAUCCAGCCAGACGGUUCAACUUCAGAGGAGACUGAAACACGCCUCGCUCAUCUACUAGAGGAGAUUUUAGCAAAAGUUGCUCCACUCCUGAUGCAGUACAUCUGGCAGCAUCAGCCAUUCAACCUCAAGUAUCACCCGGAGAAAGGAGGUGUUCCUGCUCAUAUUGGAGGCAGCACUCAGUUUGGAGACAAUGUUGAGGACGAGUGGUUUAUUGUUUAUCUUCUGCAGCAAAUCACAGAGGCGUUCCCCGAGCUCACAGCCAGAGUUGAAGAUAACGACGGGGAGUUUAUUCUGAUUGAAGCAGCAGAUUAUCUGCCCAAGUGGCUGAACCCAGACACCAGUGAAAACAGGGUCUUUAUUUUUCAAGGAGAGUUGCAUAUUCUGCCUCGUCCCUCUAAAUCCAGUUCCGUGGGCUUCUCAAACGAUGUGGUACCCAGUGUGGCACAAGCUCUGGCCCUUCUUUCUGCCCACCCAGAAGCCUGUCAGGCAAGCCCCAAGAUUUGUUCAGCCCUGAGGAAAAGACUAGAGGGAUACCCAGAGAAGAUAAAAACCAGCCUCCACCGUUCCCACUGCUUCAUACCUGCAGGUAUUGCCACCGUGUUGGCACAGCGACCAGACUUGGUUGCUCCUGCAGUUUCAGCGUUCUACCUGCGCGAUCCAGUCGAUCUGCAGGCGUGUCGAAGCUUCAAGACCUUUCCUCCUGAUACAAGAGUCCUCACACUGGUGACGUUCACCUGUUGCCUGUAUGCGCAGCUGCAGCAGCAAGAGUUCACCCCAGACCGACGGAGCGGCUUCACCCUGCCUCCUCGCUCUCAGCCCCAGUACAAGGCUCAUGAGCUUGGCAUGAAACUGGCUCAUGGCUUUGAGAUCCUGUGCUCUAAGUGCAGACUGCCUUCCUCAGAGCCUGAUGCCCCGGUCAGCUGUAACCCUCAGUGGAAAGGCUUCAUGGACAGUCUGAAGAGGAACGGCUACUUCCGGGGAGAACUGGAAGGUUCGGCUCAUUACAGAGAACUUACAAGAUCUGCAGAAAACUUCUUUAAACAGUCAGUCGCCUCAACAUCAAGUACAUUGUCUCCAGGUGAGGAGGUUCUCCAGCUGCUGCACAGCUGCCCUCCAUUCAACUUGGAGGAGUUGAAGAAACGCGAGUCAGAGCUCCCCCAAGAGGACAGUGACAGCUGGCUGGAUAUCACAGCUCAGGAUUUGGAGCGGCUGCUGCAGGAGAGAAGCGGGGGGUUAGCUGAUGUUGGCAGCCGAAACCCCUCCAGCUCCACCAAGCAGGCGCAGCGUGUCGGGGAAGCAGAGGGGAAGGGAGAGAAGGCGGAGGACACCAAGGAGGAAGAGGAGGCCGGUUACAGCCUGGUAGCCGUCAGUCAAGGGAUGAAGAACUUCCUCAACGCCAUGUCGUCGCAUGAGGGUGCCGAACUGCCCUGGAGCAGUUCAACUCAGCCCUUUAGCUUUGACCCAGAGUCCAUGUCUAACGCACUGGACAGACUACUGGCAAGCAAAGAAGACGAGCUGGACUCAGACGAUCUGGAUGAUGAUGAUGAUGAUGAUGAUGAUGAAGAAGAUGAGGAGGAGGUGGAGGAAGAGAAAGAAGAGGCCUCCGUAGGUCAUGCAGAGAUGAACGGGGCAGAAACUUUGGACAGCCUCAAAAGAUACAUGGACCAAAUGGAUCAGGAGUUGAUGGGCACUAAUAUCGGACAAAGCUUCAAUCAAACGAUUUACAGCAAGGCCAGCUCGGACAAUGGCUCCUCUCACCCCUCUCUGGGUAGAGAGGGAGAAGUUGAAGAAACCGAGGAGGAGAUCCAGCCUUUAGACGUGGACAUCAACCUGGUCACAAACCUGUUGGAGUCCCUCAGCUGCCAGGCUGGGUUGGCCGGACCGGCUUCCAACCUGCUGCAGAGCCUGGGGAUACACCUACCACCCAACGCUGAUCGCUCAUAAAGGACAACACAUAGACUCAAACAGUGAAUGAGGCAGUGUUUGAAUGAGAAGUAACACACCAGCAAUGACGAAGUGCCUUCGUUACAUUCUUCUGUUGCCAAAGGAUGUUGAAGAUGUCCCUUAGAGCUUUAUGGUGGUUUGUUUACAUUACAGCGCAUAGUUUCUUCUUCAGGACUAGACAAGAUAUUUACUGUACUGCAGUUGGAAAACUCAUUUUGAAUUGUUUGGAGUUUAUUAAAUGGAGGCUCAUACAUGUGCACCAGAUAAACUUCAAUCUUGGUUGCACUGUAAAUUUUCCGUGUCUGUUUUGCCAUCAGAAUUUUAAAUGUGACUGAAGUGUGGAUUUCAGAUUUCUCUAACAGUUUUGUCUUGUUAUCUAAAACAUUUCGAGUAAAGAGUAGGUUGGGGAAAUCAUGUUAGAACCUUAAAACCGAGUGCAAGACAAAGAAGACGAAAGACUCUCUCCAUUACCUCUGUUUGAAAUCACGAUACACUUCAUGUAAACGUAAGAUUAUGCAGCUAUGAACUAUUUCUGUCAUGUUUACUGUGAAUCCUGUUUUGUGUCAUGUCGGGAUACAUGUGUGUUUGGUUGUUACACGUAGAAUAAAUACUGUUUUCUAAAUAAA